GUCAGCUGCCGACAGGGGACGACUGCGCUCCUACGCCACGCCCACACGCCGAAAUGGCUCCGACGCUGCAGGAACUGCUGAAAACGUCCCCGCGCCUGUCCCGCACGGACCUGGAGUACCUGCAGGACUGGACGAGCAAACAACCUCACCUUCCGCGCAUGGAGGAUGUAGAUCUGGUGCCAGUAUUACAUCGAUGUGACUACAGCCUGGAAAGAACCAAGGAGCUGCUGGACAAAUAUCUCACUAUGCGAACACACGCUCCCGAGAUCUUCAAGUACCGAGAUCCGAGGCUCCCUGACAUGAAGGAGCAGAUUAAGCUAUUACAAAAGAGACACGACCCGUCGGCCUUCGACCCCGAGGCCUGCGCCUUCAUCGCCUUCGCCUUCGCGGAAUUCGUCAUCCGCGGCGCGCCCACCUCGCCCGGCUUCGUCUUCGUCAUGGACGCCAGCCAGCUCACCACCACGCACAUCACCAAGCCCUCCAUCUCGCUCAUCAAGAAGGUGCUCGCCUUCGUGCAGGACGGCGUUCCGUCUCGAAUUGUAGCAGUGCAUGUGAUACGUCUGAAUCCUGUGGUGGACAGAUUAAUGAUGCUAAUCAAACCCCUGUUAUCAAAAGAGACACAAGAAAGGGAGCUGCUGGCGAACGUCGAUUGGCUGCAGUCGCUGGACGCCCGCGUGGUGGACGAGCGGCUGCGCCCGGGGCGCGCCAAGGGCGAGGGCGACGUCUUCGGGGUGGACGGCUCCUUCAAGCGACUCGACUUCGACUAA